UCGAUCCAUAUCACGCGAGCGCUCGGGAGAGAACACUGGAUCAUCACCACUCACGCGAAGAAAGGAAGCAAUGGGGGAGGACGAGGACGUGGAGAUGGGGAAGAGGAGCAGCGCCGCGAGCUCCACCGAUCUGGAGCAGGCAAUGCCGGCGACGACGGCAGUGUCCAUGGAUGUCGGAAUAUCGGAGAGACCCAAGAACAGCCCGGCCUGGAUGGCGGCCAUGGGCGCCGGGCAUUUGAAUCGGCUGCUCGUGAGCAAUCCAUCGUCGCCCAAGUCGCGCUUCGCCCCAAAGGAUCCCGCGGACCAGAAGCGAUCGAGCUUUAACAGCAGCGCCAGCGGCAGCAAGCCAUCGUCUCCAAAGACUCCGAGCUCCACCCAAGACAUCCACCGCAAGGACUCCGAAAAGUACGUGCUCUUCCGGACGCGAUCCUCCAAGAUCGAGAAGCAGCUGUCACGCCUCCGCGAGGAGGAGAUCCAGCAGCAGCAGCAGCAGCAGCAGCAGCAACACCACCACGAUCCAGGCGAUCAUCCAGAGCAGCAGCAGCAAUCCAGCAAACCGAUCCACCACGAAGAUCACUCCGCCCAAGUCCCCGCCGGGCGAUACUUCGAUGCUCUCCAAGGCCCGGAGCUCGAGCAGCUCAAGGAAUCCGAGGAGGCGCUCCUCCCUCUCGACCAGCGAUGGCCAUUCCUCCUGCGCUUCCCAAUCUCAUCGUUUGGAGUGGCGCUGGGGCUUGGCAGCCAAUCCAUUCUCUGGAAGAACCUCUCCACGGUCCCGGCGAUGCGAUUCCUCCACGCCCCGGAGAUCAUCAACACGGUGCUGUGGUUCCUGGCCGCGAUCGCGCUCGCCGGGAUCUUCACCACCUAUCUCUUCAAGGCGAUCUUCUACCUCGAGGCGGUGAGGCGCGAGUACUACCAUCCCGUGCGCGCAAACUUCUUCUUCGCGCCAUGGAUCGCCGCGAUGUUCUUGGCACUGGGCAUCCCUCCAUCGGCGGGAGUGACGCUCCAUCCCUGGAUCUGGUGCUGCCUCAUGGCGCCAAUCCUCGCGCUGGAGCUCAAGAUCUACGGGCAGUGGCUCUCGGGCGGCCAGCGCAGGCUGUCCAAGGUCGCGAAUCCGUGCACGCACCUGUCCGUGGUGGGCAAUUUCGUGGGCGCGCUGCUGGGAGCGACCGUGGGAUGGAUCGAUGGCGGGAUCUUCUUCUGGGCGAUCGGGCUCGCGCACUACCUGGUGCUCUUUGUCACGCUCUACCAGCGAUUGCCCACCAACGAGGCGCUGCCCAAGGAGCUCCACCCGGUAUUCUUCCUCUUUAUCGCCGCGCCCAGCGCUGCCAGCCUCGCGUGGGAGAAGAUCACCGGAGACUUUGGCAUUGUCUCUCGGAUCGCCUUCUUCAUCGCCCUCUUCCUCUUCUCAUCACUGGUCGUGAGGAUCAAUUUCUUCCGGGGCUUUCGAUUCUCGCUCGCCUGGUGGGCGUACACGUUUCCCAUGACCGCCAUCUCCAUCGCCAGCAUUCACUAUUGCCAGGAGGUCUCCACGCCCGUCACGCAAGCGCUGGCGACGAUCCUCUCCUCCGUCUCUAGCGCCACUGUGGCGCUGCUCUUCGUGGCGACGAUGUGCCACUGGCUGGUGUGGAAGACCCUCUUCCCCAAUGAUCUCGCCAUCGCCAUCACCAACCGGAGGAGGAAGAGGAAGAGGCAUUCCCAUGGCUCCGAGGAGGAUUUCUCCACGAGUAGCGGCAACGGCAGCAGCAAAUCCAGGGACGCCACGAGCAGCAGGACGGAUUGGAGCUGGGCGAUUCUUCCCAGCGUCGAAAUGAGCACCUCGUCGUGCUUUGGGACGAAGACGAAGGUGAUCGAUUAGCCCUAAAAGGA